AUGCCGCGCGCGGACACGGUCCGGUCGGAAGCCUCGCCAUGGUGUCCUGCUUCGCCGUUUGUGGCCAGACGAGUGGAGCAAUCAGCAAUAUAUAUGAUGGAGAAAGAGGGAAAUUAUUCGGGAAAUAUUCCUGGUCUGGAUUACAAUUCCCCUGAUGUCCAAACUCACGAUAAUCAGCAUCAAGACAAAGCGACUGCUGAUUACAUGCUGAAUAAUAAUCCAACGGAUGAUAUUCAGCCGCUAUCGUCCAACUUUUAUGGUUCAAACUCGUUCGACAAGUUGAGCUUUGCUGACGUGAUGCAGUUUGCCGAAUUCGGCCCUAAGCUUUCCUUAAACCAAACCAAAACCGGUACCUCCAAUGAGGACGAGACAGGCAUUUAUAAUAACAAUAUUGAUCCCGUUUACUUCCUCAAGUUCCCGGUUUUGAAUGACCGUCCACAUAAUCACGAAUUGGCGCACGGUAAUAACCGUGAUCUGCCCUUAGGGGAUAAUAACCCUGAAACGGGCCCUAAUGCGGUGGAAGCUAAUAAUAAUAAGAGCAAGAGAAAGAGAGCGAGAAGCAUAAAGACGAGCGAGGAAGUUGAGAGUCAGAGGAUGACUCAUAUUGCCGUGGAGAGGAACCGAAGGAAGCAAAUGAACGAGCAUCUUCGCGUGUUGAGGUCUCUCAUGCCGAGCUCCUAUGUCCAAAGGGGCGAUCAAGCAUCGAUAAUUGGUGGAGCAAUUGAGUUUGUGAGGGAACUCGAACAACUCCUCCAAUGCCUCGAGUCGCAAAAGAGACGGCGUCUAUAUGGAGACGGCGGUCAAAGAACGGUCAACGACCCAUCAUCUGUGCAGCAGCCUCAGCAGGUUCAACCUUCGUUAAUGUUUCCUUCUCCACAAAUAAUGGGCAAUGAUUACGAUUCGCAAGGGAAGAAUAAUAAUAAUAUUAGUGAUGAUGUGGCGUACGAGACUGAGACAGCCGAGAGCAAGUCGUGCUUGGCUGAUGUGGAGGUUAAGGUAUUGGGUUUCGAUGCUUUGAUUAAGAUUUUGUCGAGAAGAAGGCCGGGACAGCUUAUUAAGACCAUAGCUGCACUUGAGGAUUUGCAGCUCACUAUUCUUCACACCAACAUUACUACCAUUGAACAAACUGUUCUCUAUUCCUUCAAUGUCAAGGUAUCAAUAUGUUAA